AUGUCUCCGUUUCCAACAAGAACUCACACUUGCGGUGAAUUGAAAUCACGUAAUGUUGGUGAACGUGUGGUAUUAUGUGGAUGGGCGCAAAAAUUGCGUACAAUAUCUGGGGAUUUAUAUUUUCUUCCAUUACGAGAUUCUUAUGGAACAACUCAACUUGUUUAUCGAUCUUCUAGCGAUCCGGAGAAAAGCCACCUUCUUAAGGACGAAUUAUUAAAACUGUCUCCUGAAAGUGUUAUAUGUAUAGAAGGUAUUGUGGUGAAAAGACCCGUUGAAACAAUCAACAAACAUUCAAUGACAGGUGAAAUUGAGGUAGAAUUGGAUAAAUUAUAUUGUCUUAAUCCUGCAAAUAAGUUACCUUUUACUCCAAAUGAUAAGAAUAUUCCAAAUGAAGAGACUAGGAUGAGAUACCGUUACAUAGAUUUGCGGCGUGAUUCUCUUCAAAAUAACCUUCGUAAAAGAUCUUUGACAUCGUGGACUAUAAAAGAUUUUCUCGUAGAAACGCCAACAUUGUUUAAGUCAACACCUGAAGGAGCACGAGAAUUUAUUGUACCGACUCGAACAAAAAGUUUAUUCUAUACAUUGUCUCAAAGUCCACAACAAUAUAAACAAUUACUUAUGGUUGGAGGAAUUGACAAAUAUUUUCAAAUUGCGAGAUGUUUUCGUGAUGAAGAUUUAAGAUCUGAUCGGCAACCAGAAUUCACUCAAAUCGAUCUCGAAAUGUCAUUUGCAUCUAUCAAUAAUAUAAUGUCUCUAACGGAGAGGUUAAUUUCUCAAGUUUGGAAACAGGUCCUUGGAAUUGAUUUAGAUGACAAAUUGUCUUUUCCUAGAAUUAGUUACGAAAAUGCUAUUAACAAAUAUGGAAGCGAUAAACCUGAUACACGAUACGAUUUGGAGAUCAAAGAUAUUUCUAAAUUUGUACCUGGAAUGCCAGAGCUUUCCGAUCAUAUUAUUGAAUGUCUAAUAAUCAAGAAUGGAAGAAUAUUAACAGGAAGUGAGAUUAAGUCUUUAAAGACUUUGAAUCAUGGCUUUGAGGUGCCAGCAGAAAGAAUUAUAUCAGACUCUAGACCAGACUUUAUUAAGAUUACACCAGAUAAUAUUAAUUCAUGGUUGUUAGAGUCCAUUAUAACGCGUUAUACAUCUCAUAUUUCUCACGUACAAGAAACAGCGACAAAUGAGCUCGGAGUAGAGGUUGGAGACUUGAUGAUUAUUAAUAAAAGAAAGAUGACUACGGAGGGAAAUUGGACAUUACUAGGGCGUCUACGCUCGCAUGUUGCAGAAAUUUUAGAAUCGAAGGGAGUUUUAAAAAUUCCGUCUUCUAAAUACAAUUUCCUUUGGGUUGAAUCAUUUCCAUUAUUUACACGGGAUAGAGAAAAUAAUGAUAAAUUAAUUUCAACUCAUCACCCAUUUACUGCGCCUGUUUCAGAUGAUUUGAAGUUGCUUUUGACUGAACCCGAAAAGGUCCGAGGACAACACUAUGAUUUGGUUGUAAAUGGAGUGGAAAUUGGUGGUGGUUCAAUUAGAAUUCAUUCUCCUUUGUUACAGAAAAUCAUAUUGGAAGAUAUUCUAAAGUUCGAUCAUUUAAUUAAUGCGCUUGGAUAUGGAUGUCCUCCACAUGGUGGAAUUGCAUUGGGAUUAGAUAGAAUAAUGUCUGUAAUAUGCAGCACUAGCUCUAUUCGUGAAGUAAUAGCAUUCCCAAAAGUUUCUUCAGGUGCCGAUUUGAGCGUAUCAAGUCCUAGUGAACUUUCUAAAGAAAAAAUAAGAGAAUACAAAGUUGAAGUCUUGGAAGAAAAAGAUGACAGAAAGAUUAUUGAUGAUAUUACAAUUGAAAGAAAUCUGCCCAUUAUGAACUUGAGAGAAAUAUAUACUAAAGUGGAAAUGUAUUGA